GGACGCUGUCUGCUGACGGAACCAAACACACCCUUCUCUUUGUCUGACAGUUUUCAGAACGAAACGGCCAAACCUCCCCGAAGCAAAAAUGCAUUUGUGCUGAGAGAAAGAGAGAGAGAAGUGCCGGAGACGCAGCUUCUGCCCUAGAAAGCCUUCAGCUUUCAGCAGCUCAUACAUAUAUAUACAGGCAUUAGAUUAAACUCUCUGUAUAUAUAUAAUUAUAUAUAUAUAGAGGUGAUCGGCAAUGUCAUCGGCGCCGGCUCCAUCUCCGCCGUCGACGACUCCCGCGGCGCCGCCACCUGCAUCUUCUCCGCCGUCCAGUCCGCCUGCCCCCUCCACAUCGUCCCCGCCGCCUCCGACAGCGCCGACGGGGUCUCCGCCGCAGUCGGCCAAUCCCUCGCCUCCGGCUCCGGCCUCCGAGUCUCCGCCGUCCGGUUCGAGUCCGUCCCCGCCGCCACCUGCAUCGCCUCCACCGUCGAACAACUCUACCUCGCCGCCUACGUCCAGUCCUCCUCCCCCCGCCACAUCGUCCCCGCCGCCUCCGACAGCGCCGACUGGGUCUCCGCCUCCGCCGCAGUCGGCCAAUCCUCCGUCGACCUCUCCCUCGCCUCCGGCUCCGGCCUCCGAGUCUCCGCCGUCCGUUUCGAGUCCGUCCCCGCCCCCGCCCCCGCCCCCGCCCCCGUCGUCUUCUAAUUCUCCGCCGUCCGGUUCGAGUCCGACCCCGUCCCCGCCGGCGUCGAAAUCGUCGCCCCCGCCUCCGUCGUCUUCUAAUUCUCCGCCGUCCGGUUCGAGUCCGUCCCCGCCGGCGUCGAAAUCGUCGCCCCCGCCUCCGUCGUCUUCUAAUUCUCCGUCUCCGCCGUCGUCCUCGAAUUCGCCGACCCCGCCGGCUUCUUCGACUCCGCCGUCGCCUCCGUCGAGCUCAUCUGGGAUAUCGACAGGGCUCGUGGUUGGGAUAGCUAUUGGUGGUGUUCUCGUCCUAGCUGUUUUGAGCAUUUUAUUCAUAUGUUGCCGGAGGAAGAAGAGAAGAGAGCCCGAGUACUACGUUCCACCUCAUCAUGGGCCUAAAGUUACAUCGUUCCCUCCAGCUCGUCCUCCUGCAUACUCACCUCCUCCAGCUUUCAUGAGCAGCAGCGGAGGUUCUGCGUCCAAUUCAGGGAGCGAAAAACCACUCCCACCACCUUCUUCUGGCAUGGGUUUAGGCUUCUCAAAGAGCACAUUCACAUUAGAAGAAUUGUCAAUGGCAACUGAUGGAUUUUCAAAUGCUAACCUCCUUGGACAAGGUGGUUUUGGGUUUGUGCAUAAAGGGGUCCUUCCGAAUGGGAAAGAAGUUGCAAUUAAGCAGCUGAAAGCAGGUAGUAGUCAGGGGGAGCGCGAAUUCCAAGCUGAAGUUGAGAUCAUUAGCCGGGUGCAUCAUAAACAUCUUGUUUCAUUAGUUGGAUACUGCAUCACUGGUUCCCAAAGAAUGCUUGUCUAUGAGUUUGUUCCAAACAACACCCUGGCGUUCCACUUACAUGGGAAGGGAAGACCUCCCUUGGAUUGGUCCACAAGACUGAAAAUUGGUUUAGGGGCUGCGAAAGGACUGUCAUAUCUGCAUGAGGACUGCCAUCCUAAAAUCAUUCAUCGGGACAUUAAGGCAACUAAUAUACUACUAGAUUUUAACUUUGAGGCAAUGGUUGCAGAUUUUGGACUUGCAAAGUUUUCAUCUGAUGUCAACACUCAUGUAUCCACUCGUGUGAUGGGAACUUAUGGGUAUCUGGCUCCGGAAUAUGCUUCUUCUGGUAAACUUACAGAGAAGUCCGAUGUUUUCUCAUUUGGAGUCAUGCUUCUGGAGUUGAUUACUGGACGCCGACCUGUGGACUCAUCCCAUUCUUUCGUGGAAGAUAGCUUGGUAGAUUGGGCGAGGCCCUUGCUUACACGAGCUUUGGAAGACGGUAACUUUGAUACCCUUGUUGACGCACGAUUGCAAAGGAAUUACAACCACAAUGAGAUGACUCGCAUGGUUGCUUGUGCUGCUGCUUGCGUGCGUCAUUCAGCACGACAUCGACCACGAAUGAGCCAGGUAGUACGGGCCUUAGAAGGGGAUGUAUCGUUGGCCGAUCUUAAUGAAGGAAUCACACCUGGACACAGCACAGUCUUCAGUUCUUUCGAAAGCUCAGACUAUGACACUAACCAAUACAAAGAGGGCAUGAAGAAAUUCAGGAAAAUGGCCCUUGGCUCCCAGGAGUAUGGCAGCAGUGGGCAGAGUGUUCCGACCAGUGAAUAUGGUUUAUACCCAUCUGGCUCAAGUAGCGAACACAACACCCGGGAGAUGGAGAUGAGAAAGAUGAAGAAAGACAGUAGUGGGUUCAGUGGAAGCUCAUGACAACCUCAAAAUUCUCAUAAUCAAUCAAUUUGAUUGCAGACAAGGCAUGUCUAGUAUGAGCUAACAACAAACACAUUGUUUUUUUUUUUUUUCUUUCAUUUUUCAUAAUUUAUAUUUUCCCUCUUGUAUCUAUUAAUUAGGCUUAUACAUCUAAACAAUUCAGGUACUGGGCCAAUUCUUCUGUCUGGUGCUUGAGUGUUAGCUUGUUCAUAUCUGUUGGAAGGGUGCUUUAACUUGUGAAUGAAAACUGUGACAGUUGGAGAGUAGCUGAGAAACUAUUGUAAAUUUUAUGUGGAAUUAUAAUUGUAUAUACACACGUGUGUGUUCUGAAAGAGAUUAUGAGAUCUGAAAUUUAUGUAAUUGAUUUCGCCUAUUGGAUGUAA